AUGUGGUCCACUGAGAGCAUGGAGCCAGAGAAAGCACACACCCAGAGCAGCUUCUUCAGCAAAGUGGAUGUGCCCAGCUAUGCUCAUUACAUUGUCGCCCUGUUUGUUUUUGUCAUCGGGACACUGGGCAUCACUGGCAACGCGCUGGUUAUGUUCGCCUUCUAUAGCAACAAGAAGCUUCGUAACCUGCCUAACUACUUCAUCAUGAACCAGGCGGUCAGUGACUUCCUCAUGGCUUUCACACAGUCCCCCAUCUUCUUCAUCAACUGUCUCUACAAGGAAUGGGUGUUUGGAGAGAUGGGCUGCAAGAUGUAUGCGUUCUGUGGCGCCUUGUUUGGCAUCACCUCCAUGAUAAACCUACUGGCCAUCUCUAUCGACCGCUACAUCGUGAUCACCAAGCCUCUGCAGGCCAUUCACUUGAGCUCCAAAAGAAGAACCACCGUGGCCAUCCUCAUGGUCUGGCUUUACUCUUUGGCCUGGAGUCUGGCUCCUCUAGUUGGCUGGAGCUCCUAUAUCCCAGAGGGCCUGAUGACAUCUUGUACAUGGGAUUAUGUCACAUACACAUUGGCCAAUAGGAGCUACACGAUGAUGCUGUGCUGCUUCGUCUUCUUUAUUCCACUAGGAAUCAUCUUUUACUGCUAUCUCUUUAUGUUUCUUGCGAUAAGAAAGACCAGCAGGGAAGUGGAACGUCUUGGGACUCAGGUGCGGAAAUCCACCCUGAUCCAGCAGAAGUCCAUCAGGAGCGAGUGGAAGUUGGCAAAGAUUGCCUUUGUCGUCAUUGUGGUUUAUGUCCUCUCCUGGUCACCAUACGCCUGUGUCACAAUGAUUUCCUGGGCCGGCCAUGCCAACAUCCUGUCACCAUACUCAAAGGCUGUCCCUGCAAUCAUAGCAAAAGCCUCCGCCAUCUACAAUCCUUUCAUCUAUGCUAUCAUACACAACAAAUACAGGAUGACUCUGGCAGAGAAGUUUCCCUUCCUGUCGUUUCUGGCUCCCACUCCUCGAAAGGAAUGCAUCUCCUCCUCCAUCAGUGAGUCCUCUUUCAGGGACUCCAUCAUUAGCAGACAAUCAACAGCAUCAAGGACUCACUUUAUUACAGCUUCCUCCAACUCCACUGGCAUGUUAUUGAGGGAUGUAGAGAUGGAGACUUUGGGAAGAAACUCAGGUGAUUCCUUCAGGAGCAUGUCAUCGUACAGAGGCAGAGGGAGGUCCUAUAGGAAGGAAUUAGAGCGGAAGACCACCAAGACCAACGCAGCAGUCAAGCAUCCAUCUACCAUGAGUGAAUCAUUGAGUACCUGUGAACAUGAACUGGUUUCCACCUCUCUCAACAUCGCCACUCUCCCCCUACUAGUUCUUACCAGGAGGCGAAGCCAGAGUUUGACCAAUGAGAUUUUUGAUGCAGGGGAGGAGAAAGGCAGCAUCAGUGAUAGGCUGAGCAGCCACAAGAGUGCCUCUUUCCAUUCCCUGAAUCUGGGAAAAAUCCCAUCCGCUGAUCCCGGGUCGCCUCAGGGUGUUCCACGCAUAAUCGUCAUCAGUCCCACGUCUGAAAGCAGUCUCAUGAACCAUGACAGUGUCUGCUUAGAAGAGAGUGAAGAAGAAAGCGAAAACUAUUUUGUGAGCCUAAACUUCUCCUCAGAAGUCUUUGAGGCAGUGGAGCUACUCUCUUGACCAGCUGGACAAUAACAACCCCUAUACUCUGCAGAAGCUAAAUUAUUUAUUAUGAUUUUGGACCACAGACCACACCAUACUCUCCUCUCCAAGCCAAGACUUGUUUUGGAUGUAGACGCAUCCACUGAAAUUAAUCAUUUACAAGCUGUUUCUGAGCCUGAUGACUCAUACUGUAUUGUAAAUCAAAGUUAUGCCACUCUGCUGCUUAGAUAACUGCAGUGCAGAAGAAAUGUUGGUAUGGCAAAUGAAACAAUAUGACCUGGUUCUGGUAUGCAGUGUUUGUCAGACUUUAGCAGGGACAGGGGUGCCCUGAGGGGCAGCAGGGGUUACAGGAUAUUUUUGUUAGAUCCCUCAAAAAUGACAAGUGUAACAACAUAUUUUCAUGAGCUUGACAGCCUGGAUUCCUAGAUUCUUAGUAUUCCAGCUAAAGUCCAUGAAACUGUGAUGUAACGUUGAGCUGAAAUUUUAAUUAAUUUAGGCCCACAUUAUGGAUUCUCCGCUGGAGACUGAAACCAGGACAUCUGCCUACUGCCAAAGUGUUGUUACCAGUGGUAUGAGUGAGCUUCAAAGUCCAAUUAUAGGAAGGAAGCACCAGUAAAGUAGAUUUACAUACACAUAUGACCAAAGAUGUUCACUGAAGACUGUGUUCAUUUUUUAUUAUUAUUAUUAUUAUUUGAUGGUACAGACAACAAAGUUGCUCCAGUCAAUACUCCUCUUUUACCUAAAUGGCUAAAUGUGUAUUCCUAAAUAUUGUAAUCCCCCCACUAAGACUAAUUUGCAGCAUACUGUAGCAGUUACUGCAAGUACAAAAUUAGGGCCAAUGUGGCAUCCUGACUUGAUUCACAAACAUGAUUAAUCUUUGGUAUAUUUAUGUUUAUCGUCUGCGUUUAAACAUUUCAUACUCGUGCACCUGUUCGUUUUAUAACUUCAAACAUCAUGGGGCAACAAUGGUGUUGAAAUGUUGAAGUAGCACUAUUUCAUGUUAGCUGAUGUGCUUAUUAACUGUUCUGAAUCCACCUUAUUAAAAUCUUAAUUUCUUCAAUAUCUCCACAUGCAUGGCAACUACAAAAUGUUUAAAGAAAAAUAUUUUGGCUAUGGCAAAUAAACUAUGGCUAAU